UUUAUCUCUCAGCACAUUGUGUACUCACAUCCUUUCUGGAGAAAUGAAAGUAAGCACGGCGGCCCCAAAAUGCCCUGCUUCUUGUGUUUGCUGCUCUCCUUGCAGGGUGCAUGGGCAGCCGUGCUAAUCCAAGUCCCUUCAUCCCCAAUCCUGGCAGGGCCACACUCUGAUGUAUACCUGCCUUGCCACUUCUCCUUAGACCCUCCCAGACCCAUAAACGUUGAUUUCCUGAUUGUGAAAUGGUCGCUGAGAAGAAAAACCGUUGCACUGUUCGAUACCAGCAUCACAGCGUUUAGACCAAGGGGAGCAGUGCUUGAUGAGAUGCGGCUGCGAGAGGGCAACGCCACCCUCUACCUGUCAGAUGUAAGGGAUGAGGAUGCUGGGGAAUAUACGUGUUAUGUUCUCCAUACUCCUGACAGUGCUGAAAGGAAGGUGGCAUUGAAAGUAGAAGUUGCCCCACGCCUAACACUCGGCCCCACAGAAGUGCUGCUGGGCAAACCAAGCAACUUGACGUGCGCAGCAUCCGACUUUUACCCUGGCAAUGUUUCUGUGAAGUGGCUGCGAGGCAGUGAGACUCUGAAAGUUGACUCGCCCCCUGGCAAGCGUGGGCCCAAUUACCUCUUCUAUGCAGAGAGUAUCCUGAACUUCAUACCACAAAUGACUGAUGUUGAUGUUACCUUUUCAUGCCACAUCCAACACCAAGCGGUAAAAGACCCACUCAGUCAAAAUUUUGAGCUAAAGGUAGUAGCUCGCCCAGAAAUGCAUAUGGUCACCAGGCCACCAGGGAAGACGUUCUUGGUAGCUGAGUGCCUAGUGUGUGGGUUUUACCCACAAAACGUUAAAGUGCAGUGGCUGCAAAAUGGGGAGCCGAUACAAGAGGGAAUAUGCGAGUUGGAACCUGAACAGAAUCCUAACGGGACGUUCUCAACCAGAAGCAUCUUCCUCCCAAAGCAGGGCCAUUUUGCAGGCAGUUAUACCUGCCAGGUACAACACAAAGCACUGGAGGCACCACUGGAGGUGACGAUCCCCUGGGAGCCAGAAGGUGAGGAUGAUGGGAUUACCCAUCCCUCAUCCCCAGAAUGUAGUACCAAAUCACAUCAGCCCAAACUUAAACCUGCAUCUCCAACUGACUCUCCUCCAGUUCCAGGAUACUUUGGAUCACGGAUGGCUUGGCUGCUAGGACUUAUUGGAUUCAUUUUGGGGCUUGGCCUAGGAGUUGGAGCGACAAUGAUGUACUGUAAAAACAGAACAGCCAAGUACGAGCAAGCUGCGCCGAAUGACGAAACCCUCCUGAAGAAGAUGGGAGAAGAUGUCGAAAGCCAUGAGGGGAAAGCCAGAUGAAGUUUUUUUGUAUCUAACAGUCCACGGAAUGACAUUUUGGCAAAGGGUUGUUCCAGGCAAUGUAAUAUUGUUGUAUUUCAUUAUGUAUUUCCUAGAAAAUGCAUUUCCAGUAUGAUAAUUGCAGGAGGCUUUAUUUUAAAGUCAAGGCGAUUUAAAUAAUUUAAAAUCAACCUUAUAUUCAGAGAUUAUAUAUAUAUAUAUAUAUAUAUAUAUAUAUAUAUAUAUAUAUAUAGUUGAGCUCUACACUCUUCGGGAAUUUAAAGGAACCAAGGAAUAUUGAGAUUUUUAAGAUGGAUAUUAUAUUUUGUUAGUUUCAGGGCUCUGCCUCUGCCAACUCAGGGCCCCGAACGAGCCCAAGGAACACCUGAUCCAGGCUGAUCUUCAUACUGAUGACCUGUUGUGUUGUGACAUACGAAAGAGUGCCUAGGUUCGAGGGUUGGGCUACUGUUUAAGUAGGGUUAAUAAACCCUUCAUGUCAGGAGGGAGGCUGGGGGAACAAGAACCUCCGUCUCCUUGCCUUCCCGUUCUGACUGCAGCAUCGAGAGCAAGAGGGUUCAAUCCUGCCUGGUGCUGCUUUACCAACACAUCCCCCAUUCUGCCAUCUCCUCUUUCCCCGCCCUAGUUUGUGUGUGAUAUGAUUUGUUUUCUCCUUUAGUUUUUCACCUUAUACCCUGCAUUAUCUGUAUGGCUAUACUUUAGUUUCACCUGUACUAAGUUACACAUUAUUUGAUUUUUUUUGUGUGUUCUGAAUUCUGUAUGGAAAAACAAAUUUCAAUAAAGUGUUGUUGUUUUUUAAAGAAAAAAAAA